CGCUCUGCCUCUGACUAUUUGGCGUCGUCGUCUCCACGCGGCAAGGCGACGGACGCAAAGCAGCGGGCGAGCCAACGGGGGAGAAAGAAUUCGAGCACGGUCGUUGAUGGCUGGUUUGUGAGCGGUUUCCGUCGGGUGCACAACAAGAAGAAGAGGAGCAAGUAAAAGAAAGCUUUUGAGGAGCGGACAUCUGAAUCGGCUGGGAUUUGCUGGUCCUCUUUUUAAUGUGUUUUGAGGCGAGCGCGAGGGAUGGCAGCUCGCAGCCGGAGAGCUUGGUUCGGCGUGCUUUUGGGUCUGGUGCUCGGCUUCACGUUGGCAUCCAGACUCAUUCUGCCCAAGGCUGCCGAACUCGCCAAAGCCAACCCGGGAGGCGGCGGCUGCGCCGGCCUCAGGGCAGCGGCUGCUGCGGCUGCAGCGGCGGCAAGUAACGCCGGCGGGGCCCCGUGGCAGCAGUCUUCGGACGACGCCUCGUCGUCGUCGAACGCGCGCUCCUCCAGCUUCCUCUUCGUUGGGGUCAUGACCGCGCAAAAGUACCUCAACAGCCGCGCCGUAGCGGCGCACAGAACAUGGGCCCGAAGCAUCCCUGGCCGCGUGGAGUUCUUCUCCAGCGAGGGCUCUGACGCGGCGGCGACGGGCGUCCCGGUGGUGGCGCUAAGCGGCGUGGACGACUCCUACCCUCCUCAGAAGAAGUCUUUCAUGAUGCUCAAAUACAUGCACGACCACUACCUGGAACGCUUCGAGUGGUUCAUGCGGGCUGAUGACGACGUCUAUGUCAAGGGCGAGCGUCUGGAGAGCUUCCUGCGGGGGUUGAACAGCAGCGCCCCCGUAUUCCUGGGACAGACCGGCAUGGGCGCCCGCGACGAGCUGGGCAAGCUGGCGCUGGAGCCCGGCCAGAACUUCUGCAUGGGCGGGCCCGGCGUUGUCAUGAGCCGCGAGGUCCUCCGCCGCGUGGCGCCGCACCUACGCCGCUGCCUGCGCCAGAUGCACACCGCGCACGAGGACGUGGAGGUGGGCCGCUGCGUGCGACGCUUCGCCGGGGUACAGUGCGUCUGGUCCUAUGAGAUGCAGCAGCUGUUCCACGAGAACUACGAGCCCAACAAGAGAGGUUUCAUCCGCGAGCUGCGCGACAGCAAGAUCCACCGGGCCAUCACGCUGCACCCCAACAAGAGCCCGCCCCACCAGUACCGCCUGCACAGUUACCUGCUGAGCCAGAAGGUGGCGGCGCUGCGCCAGCGCAGUGUGCGCCUCCAUCGCGAGCUGCUCCUAGCCGCCCGCCCGGGCACCUCAGGGGCGACCCGCGAGGACCGCCGCCUGGGGGCACCGCCCUCCUUCACCAGGUUCCGGCCCGGGCGGCGCAGCGAUGUCACGGAGUGGGACUUCCUCAGUGCCAGGCACAUCUUCACCGCCUGGGACGGACAGCCGCCGCGUCGCGGGACCGACGCUGCGCAGCGACGGGCCCUGGAUGACGUGGUCAUGCAAGUGAUGGAGAUGAUCAACGCCAACGCCAAGACGCGCGGGCGCGUCAUCGACUUCAAGGAGAUCCAGUACGGCUACCGGCGGGUGGACCCGCUGCACGGGGCAGAGUACGUUUUGGACCUCCUCCUGCUCUACAAGAAGCACAAGGGCAAGAGCGUGACUGUGCCGGUGCGCCGGCACGCUUACCUGCAGCAGAGCUUCAGCCGCGCACACUUUUGCGAGGAGCGGCCCACCGAUGCUGCCGAGUUGGCGGUGCGCGCCGACCGCUCCUCACCGUCCUUCCUGUCGCUGGACUCUCUAAAGAUGCUGGCACCCUUCCUGCCGGGCCGCGGGGACGGUCCCUCCCCGCCACCGCCACUUCCGGCUGACGAGAAGGUCAACGUGCUGGUGCCGCUGGCGGGGCGCUAUGAAACCUUCGCACGCUUCAUGGCCAACGUGGAGCGCGUAUGUCUGAUCCCCAGGCAGAACGUCAAACUGGUGGUGCUGCUCUUCGGCGACGACAACGCCACUGAGCGGGUCCGGCAGGCGGAGACCAAUUUUUGGGUACUCUGCCGGCAGGUGGAGCUUUUGCGCCGCUACCACAUCAAGUACCCACGGGCUGAGCUGGAGAUCAAAGCGCUGGGCGGCUCUUUCUCUCGCGCGCUGGCGCUGGAGGUCGGUGCCGCACGCUUCCCCAAUGCCUCGCUGCUCUUCUUUUGCGACGUGGACCUGCUCUUCACCGCUGACUUCCUGCAGCGCUGCCGGGCAAACGCCGUGGCGGGACGCUUCGCCUACUUCCCGGUGGUCUUCAGCCAGUACGACCCCCUGGUGGCGUAUGGCGGGCGGGCCCCGGACGACCUCUACACCUUGACCUCCGAGGCGGGCCUGUGGAGGAAUUUUGGCUUCGGCGUUGUGUGCGCCCGCAAAGGCGAUCUACUUGGCGCCGGGGGCUUGGACACAUCCAUCCGGGGUUGGGGGCUGGAGGACGUGGACCUGUACGACAAGUUCGUGCGCUCAGGCGCCGCCGCACCAUUCCGCAGUGUGGACCCAGGCAUCGUGCAUGUGCACCACGCCGUCACCUGUGAUUCUCGCCUGGAGCCCAAGCAGUACAAAAUGUGCCUGGGUUCCCGGGCGGCCUCCCGGGGGUCCGCCCACCGGCUGGCCAAGCUUUGGUUGGACAGGAACCAGGGGGCCUCCGUGCAUGCCAACGUCUCGCUUCGGACAGCCUGAACCCAAAUCUUCACCACAUUUAUAUCGACGAUUAAUGUGUUAAUGACUACAUGGCUAGACUGGUGGAAUUCUGUGUACAGCCAAACAGAGACACAUACAACGUCAGGUAGUACAUGGACGAGCAGCCCGCCAGAUCGUUAUGGAAAGCGCUCCGGAAGUGUGAAGUUGAACAUCAGAUUGAUGGGUGAAAGCUGAUCUUUCAUUUCCAAGGAGGAGGAAUGAUAGGCUCAGGCGAAAAAAAGCCCAGAGAUUGCAUAUAUAUAUACAGAGCUAAAUGCGUGAAAAGCGUGCUAUUAGCCCUUUGGGAUGGCCGUCAUUGCUUGUCGGCCACUUUGUGCCAGCGCCCAUUUUGUAAACGAACCAGUCUAUGAAGUUGGCAUGUACUUUGAAAUAGCUGUUAGGGAUGUCCCUGAUCCGAUCGGAACCGGGUUUAAAUAUCAGGUUUUAUAAAUUCUAUUUUUAAAGGUCACACAAAAUGAAAAUAAAUUUGACACUCAAAUCUCGCCGUCUUUUAUCCUUUCAAUCAAAUCAAUGCAUCGGUGAACGCCCACUUUUUUUUUUUUUCCAGCCAUUCUCAGUGUUACAUCACAAGUAGAACUGAUUACAUGGCUAGCUUUCGAGGUGCUGCGCUAGCUAGUGCUUGUGGACAACGUGGACAGCAUGCUAGCAUAAAUUUGGGUGACGACUUCAAUCUCGCCAUGAUGAAAAUGCAACUAUUAUUGUGUGUUUUGAAACAAGCAAGCCAGGA